UCCCUCCGCUGCCAUUGGACGGGACUCUUUGUCUCGAUGUCUUUUCUUGUUUCCCAUUGGAUGCAAUGGUUUGACAGAGCGCAAGAGGGCCGCCUCCUGUGCAUGGAGGGUGGAGGGGGGGUACUCCUCCAGAAGUGAGUAUCAAUCAGAGAGAAGUUAGAGGGACAGAAAGAGAAAAAGAGAGACGCGGAGUGGAAGGACGGAGAGACGGUCAAAGCGACAGACCGCAUCCAAACUAUCAGUCGUGCUGUCUUGAUCUUAGGAGCUGCCAGGAUGACACAAAGUCCGCCUUCAAAAGUUUGACGCAGCGUUUCUAGUCACAGUUGGGAUUACUUUGGACACUUGGUGAGUUUGCGUCCCCGCUGUAAACACUGACGUGUGCAUUUUUUUUUUAUUGUUUUGCUUCACUGCGUUGGACGGACGGAGUGGGUUUUUCGCUGCGUCCCCCGCCCCCGUCGGGAGGAUUUGAGAGAAAUGAGUGAGAGGAGGCGAUCUGCCGCAGCUCUGAGCUCUAGAGCCCACGCUUUUUCCGUGGAAGCCCUGAUCGGCUCCAACAAGAAGAGGAAGCUCCGGGGCUGGGAGGAGAAGGAGCUGGAGUUGUCCAUGGAGAGCCUCGCCACGGACGGAGAGGACCCGGCGCACUGUCUGGAUAUGGACCCGGACUCGGAGGCGAGUCCCGGCUCGGACGGAGAGGGUCUGGCCGAAAGGACGUCGUGCUCCUUCGGCUCACCUGACGACCUGGCCCCCGGCCCCUGUGACCCGUCGCCCCCGGCUUCCAUGGAGGAGAUCCAGGUGGAGCUGCAGUGCGCAGACCUGUGGAAGCGAUUCCAUGACAUCGGCACGGAAAUGAUCAUCACCAAGGCGGGCAGGAGGAUGUUUCCUGCCAUGCGAGUGAAGAUAGCAGGUCUGGACCCUCAUCAGCAGUAUUACAUAGCCAUGGACAUUGUGCCUGUGGACAACAAGAGAUACAGGUAUGUGUACCACAGCUCCAAGUGGAUGGUGGCGGGAAACGCUGACUCCCCAGUACCUCCGCGGGCCUACAUCCACCCGGACUCACUGGCCUCAGGGGACACAUGGAUGAGGCAGGUGGUCAGUUUCGACAAGCUGAAACUCACCAACAACGAGUUGGAUGACCAGGGACAUAUCAUCCUCCACUCCAUGCACAAGUAUCAGCCUCGUGUUCAUGUCAUCAGGAAGGACUUCAGUAGUGAACUGUCUCCAAACAAGCCAGUGCCCAGCGGGGAGGGAGUCAAGACCUUCAGCUUCCCUGAGACCGUCUUCACCACCGUCACCGCCUAUCAGAACCAACAGAUCACCAGACUAAAGAUCGACCGCAACCCGUUCGCCAAAGGAUUCCGGGACUCUGGCAGAAACAGAACUGGCCUGGAGGCGAUCAUGGAGACCUACGCUUUCUGGAGACCGCCUGUGAGGACCCUCACGUUUGAAGACUUCACCAAUAUGCAGAAACAGCAAGGAGGAAGUACAGGCACUUCUCCCACCACCUCCAGCACAGGAACCCCCUCCCCUUCUGGUGCGGCACACCUCCUGUCUCCUUCCUGCUCCCCUCCUACCUUCCACCUUGCCCCCAACACCUUUAAUGUGGGCUGCAGGGAAAGUCAGCUCUGCAACCUGGGCCUGUCUGAGUACCCAGCCUGCGCUCGCAGCAACAUGGCUGCCCUACAGGGCUAUGGUGGCCUGGCCGACAGUUCCUACGGACGCCUUCAGGCUGCAGGGGGUGCUGUGGCCUCUGCUCAGCCCUCUGAAUCCUUCCUACCACAGAGGACUUCCUCCUUGAUUGCUGCUGGCAUGCAGGGUGGUGCUCACGCCUCCCUGACCAGCGGCAGUAGUGGCAGUGGCACUGGAGGCAAGAUGGAUGCCUACAGCAGUCAGCUUGGCUCCUUCCAAGCCUCACAGCUUCAGUAUGUGAUGCAGGCUGGAGGUAGUUCCAGCUCUGCCUCAUCAUCUUCAUCUGGAUCCUCCCCUUCCUCUGCCCAUAUGUUCAGUGGGGGCCACCACCAUGUGCAGCAGAGCUCCUACAAUGCUUUCUCCCUGCACAACCCUUACAACCUGUAUGGAUACAACUUCCCCACCUCUCCUCGCUUGGCAGCCAGCCCUGAGAAGCCCCAGGGAGGUUUGCUCUGCUCCUCAGCUCCUGCCGGGGCCUUCGCAGAGCGCCAGUUCCUGUCCAAUGGAAGCAUGGACACUAUGCACAUGAUCAGCAACACCUCCAGUGGCCAGCAGGGCAGUAACUCCUGUGAUGGACGUCAAUACGGCUCCUCCUCUCAGAUGUCCAUGCACAUGGUGUAGAAACUGGAAUUGAAUCUCACAGUCUUCCUUGUUUCUAAAGUCUUCCAGCUGAAAAGCAAGUUUCUAAUCUAUGUACCCGAUGUGCCGUCUUUGUGUUUUUACACAAAGGGUUAAUGUGCUGAGAUGCUAAACAAACCUUUCAGAAAAGGAUAUCAUCUCACGUUUCUGUUUUUAAAGACACUCCACCACUUAUAAAUCAACACAGAGGGAGUCAAAACUAUUAUUUAAUUAUCUUUGUAUUAAUAAAGAAAAAAUUGGGACAGAAAUCUGAGUCUCUUACUGUUUCUGACAGGAAAGAAACAACAAACUCUGGCUGUUAUAAGAAGGACAGGUAACAGCCCGCAUGCUCUGGUUCAGAAGGGAUAAUCAGUUGUGAAUCUGUUAUGGUGCAAUAGUAGCAACUCUUUUCAAGUGACUCAUUCUUGAUUUUUGGAGACUUCAAAGCCCUCUGGUCAUGACGUCAUGUAACCAAAGAAUCACUGUGCCACAUCUUUUUAGGAAUGUCAUGAAAUCAGUGGUUCGCCAUCAUGGUCUGAAGUUUCAUCUAGAUCAGAAGGGACAACUGGAAAACUGACUGACAUACUGCUCCACAUAAAUACAGGACAAGAUGUAUCUGGGCGCUGUGGUGGCCAGAUAUCGUGCUAAACAAGGUGAAUAGAACACUUGGACACAGUGAGUCAAGAACUGUAGGUCGGGUUAACUGAAGAAUUUCAUCCCGCAAACUAGAUGAAGGACUCCACCACAGAACUUUAUCAACCAAUCAUCCUUAUAGACUGGACUAUUUUUGAGUGGAUUAUGUUUUUAAGCAUAUAUAUAAGAUGGCGAAUCAAUAACAUAAGCUUAAAAGUUGUUGUGUGAAAAGUUAUAAAAGAAGCAAUUUCAAAACAGAGUAACUAAAGUAUGUUUUGGUGUGUUGUAGAGAUGUGUAUUUAAGUGCUGAGCAAUAUUACAAUUUUACAGGCCAAUCUGAUAUAAAAAUGUGUGACAAAUAGUAAUUCAAAGUAAUUCUUUUUGUGGCAUUUAAAAAAAUGUAAAUACAGGUGCAAAGCACAUAAAAUGCUCAAUAAACAUUUUAAUUCAUGUA